AAUAUUGUACCAAAAAGACAAAAGUGGAACGAAAGCAUUUGAUUUAUUAAUUAACUUUAGCUAAAUGUAAAGAAGAGAGCAGUUACAGCAACCAAUAACUCAUUCACUGUAUGUAUGGCCAUGUGAGUAUUGUCUUAAAAUGCACUUGACUAAAUUCCCAUCCUUUAAGAUGAGUUGUUAGUUAUUUUAAAUGAACACACCCGCACAUUACCUUUACUCAUUAGUGCCCUGAUGUUGAAAAAAGUGUAGUUACACCAAAUUAGUAGUGACCACAAAAUGAAGCCCUUUAGCAGCCUCCACAAUCUCCUAAAUAACUUACACAGUCCAGUCUGCCAGCAGGAGCAUUACUUAAAACCCUUUUGUAACCCCCCUUAUUAUUACAGUCUCUCCCAGUGUCCACGUUGUUCAUGUUGUAAAUGACAUGUUCACAUUUUGAAUCACAUGCACCAGUAGAAGUGCUUCCAUGCCUCUCUCCAGUCGCCCCACCCAGCUGAAGUCGCUCCCUGGUGGUCUUGUCUGUGACUCCAGGAAAACAACCUCCUCCCAGACGGAACAUCGUAAAGAGUGGGGGCGUGGAUCAGAUAUAGGGCAGCGGGGAUGUGUGGACGCUCUGAAUCGAGCUUUAUUUCUGUAUAGCUGCUGGCUGGUGAUUCAUUGUCUGUGCGUGUCUGCUGGAGCUGGAGCUUGUGGAUGUGGAUGCUGCGUUGGUGCCCACUGACUGGAGCGGGUUGCUGAGAUGCUGCUGACAGGCCGAGCCCAAUCAAACCCCCCCCUGUACCGUGGAUGGAGCCCGAAGCUCAACUAGCUGAAAGAGAAUCAAUCGGGGGAAGAAAAACAGAAGAAAGCAACAGGCCAGUUGCGUCCUGUGUGAAAGCGGAGGACCGGAGAGAGCAGCAGCGACAGCCAGCGGGGGCAUGUUCUGAGCGGAGAGCCGGUGAGCGGCGGCGGCUGGCGGGAUGAAGGCGCCGAGGAGACCGAGGCAGACGCGGCUCCUCCCGCGUUUCUGCGUCUGUGUGGUCGGUCUGCUCGCAGCCGCCUGGGUCUUUCACUUCAAUGAUGUUACAGGCUCCCAUGGACCCACUGUGGAUCACGACAUCUCCUUUUCUAAGAGAGAGAUGAUCCAGCUGAAAGAAGACAACAACCAGACUGAAAGUAUUUCUAAAUCUGCUAUCAGUGAUUUUCCCGAAGACGUCUUUACUCUGGAGCAGAGGAGACACGGAGCGGUACUCCUUCAUGUUCUCUGUGCUGUCUACAUGUUCCACGCCCUGGCCAUCAUCUGUGAUGUUUAUUUUGUGCCAUCACUGGAAAAAGUAUCAGAGAACCUUCAGCUCAGUCAGGAUGUUGCUGGGGCAACCUUCAUGGCAGCUGGGAGCUCCGCCCCCGAGCUCUUCACCUCUUUGAUUGGGGUGUUUAUCACAAAAGGAGACGUGGGGGUUGGAACAAUUGUAGGAUCAGCUGUCUUUAACAUCCUGGUCAUCAUCGGUAUCUGUGGCAUCUUCUCUGGACAGCCCAUCAUUCUGAGCUGGUGGCCUUUGUUUCGUGAUUCUGUCUUCUACAUCCUUUCCAUAGUGGUGCUCAUCCUGGUGAUCUACGAUGAAAAAGUCAUGUGGUGGGAGACCAUCAUCCUGAUCUCCAUGUAUGGAAUCUACAUAAUUAUCAUGAAGUUCAACAGGUCUCUGCAUAGCCUGGUAGAGCGACACUGCAGCAGGGCAGGUCAGCCGUGUCUGAGCAGCCUGCGGCGGACCACUGCGGUCGGAAGCAUCGGAGACUGUGACAAUGACAUGGUGCCGCUGAAGCCAGAAUCAUGUGUAGUGGCUGGCCAGGACUCAGGGGUGGUGAUGGUGGAUGAGAUGCUUAACCUGCACCCCCACCAACUCUCCUUCUCAGAGGCAAGCCUCCGCCUUCUCAUCACCCCGCAUUUCCCCCCCUUCACCCGCCUGCGCAUGGCAGGACGCAUGAUCAUCAAUGAGAGACAGAGGCUGAUUCGUGCCCGGGUCGGCCCGGAGGAGGGGGGAGCUUCAGGGGAGGAAGGCGUGGGCGCUAACGGGCCGUGGGGGGGGAGGGAGAACGGGACGGUGGCCGAGGGAGACACGCAGCCGCUGGAGGGAGAGAGGGAGAGGGGUAAAGAGACUGGGGGAGAGACGGGCGGGGGAGCGCAGCCUAAAGAGGAAGAGGAGGAGGAGGAAGAGCAGGAGGAAGGAGAGGAUGAGAACGUUCCUUUCAAGCCCUUCGUCCUGCCAGAUGGUUGGUGUGUGCGUCUGAAGUGGCUGCUCUCUUGGCCCGUGAGCGUCCUGCUUUACUGCACCGUCCCCGACUGUAGCCUGCCGCGGUGGGAGCGCUGGUACCUGCUCACCUUCCUGUCCUCCACGCUCUGGAUAGCUCUCUUCUCCUACCUCAUGGUCUGGAUGGUGACCAUAAUCAGCUACACACUCGGAAUCCCAGAAGUCAUCAUGGGCAUCACUUUUCUGGCAGCCGGCACCAGUGUCCCUGACUGUAUAGCCAGCCUCAUCGUCGCUCGACAAGGGAUGGGCGACAUGGCUGUGUCCAACUCCAUUGGCAGUAAUAUCUUUGACGUGCUGCUGGGUCUGGGCUUCCCCUGGGCGCUGAGGACUCUCAUAGUCAGCUACGGAUCAGUGGUGACGAUCAACAGCAAAGGCCUGGUGUACUCAGUGAUUCUGCUACUGGCCUCAGUCAUACUCACAGUCCUGUGUGUCCAUCUGAACUGCUGGAGGCUGGACCGCAGGCUGGGACUCUGCCUCAUUCUGCUCUACGCCAUCUUCCUCCUCUGCUCUAUCGGCUUCGAGAGGCUGUAGAGGACACCCACACACACUCACCACGCACAGUCAUACAACAAACAAACAACAAACAAGUGGUCCGACUGGUUUUCCACCUUCUGCUGCCAUUAUUCAGUCAACUGUAGGGACAGACCGAUUUUCAUUUCAUUUCACGGUGGAUGUACAUGUUGGAGCAGCGUCACCACGACGACGGCUGCCUGAAAGCUGCAUUGUUUACCUUUGAUAAACGAGUAUUUUUCAUAGUUUUGUACCGAGCAGCCCAGAUUUUGUGAAAUCAAAGCCAACUGAUAAUGCACUAUGUCUCACAACAAAUUUAUAAAGUAUUGAGUUUGUAUUCUGAAACCAAGAAUAUUGUAUAAGGAACCCCAGAAGUGUGUUAGUUUACCUAUUAAUACUUUACGACUGCCACAAGUAACCUCAAUGACCAGACGAUGAUACGUGUAAGUUUAUAUAGUUGCUUCUCAGUGCGUGCAGUUACUAAUGUUGCGUUCUCAUCACGCCUUUGUGUCUGUAGUUGUAAACAGCAUAGCAUGGCCGAUCAUCACGCUCCAGAUAAUUGCACUAAGCCACUGUUGUCUUGGCCUUGUACAGAAUGUAGGCCCCCCCCUUCUCUUUCCUGAAUAGCUUCUCAGCACGGAGGUGGUGUUUUUGUGCUGGAACAAAGGCGACUGUAUGCCGCAAAGGUGUUUUUGAAUGUCUGUGUUUGGAGAGAGUCUUUGAGUGUAUGUUGUUGAGUGCAAUUAAAUCGUUUUGUUCUGUGAGGUCUCUCUCCUGCGUCAGUCUGUCCGAUGCUGAUUCAAACUCUAAUUGUUAUCUUUUCUGACAUUUCUUUCGCAUGCACGUAAAGGACCAGUGUGUAGGAUUUAGUGGCAUCUAGCGGGGAAGUUGCAGAUUGCAGCGGCUGGCGUCUGUAUGAGGAAUGAGAGCAGGCUGUGAAGUGUGUAGGAGAACCGUGAAAGGCCCUAUCUAUAGCUAGUGUUUGUCCGCUCUGUUCUACUGUAGAAAUGUGUCUGUAGAUAAAAACAGCUCAUU